AUGGCUCAUAAACAUGGCGACUUCUCCACCUUUGACGAUAUCGAUAUCGCCGACAGCAUUCAACCUCCACCUUCCGCAUUGACUGCAAAGGUCGCACCCACCGUCUCUUCAUCCGCUUCAACCGCCUACGACCCUCACGCUUCGCCCUCGCCACUUGAAGCCGACUUCCCUGCUGCUGGAGCUCGCAUUGGCCAUCAGCGCACUCUUACUGAUACAUGGUUCGAUAACUGCCAGCCUUUCCUCAACAGAGCUACUUCUACCAUACAGCAACAUACUUCACGAGCAUCUUUGCAUUCGCCUACCAAGUCAUUGGCAAGCUUCAUCCCUUCCCGGAGUACCAUCGAGUCAUCAACCUCCCAGCCAAAGAUCAAGGCCGGUGCCAAAGCGCUUCAGAACUGGUUCAACGGAAGCUCUGCAGCGGUGAAUUUGGGCGUUGCACCAAAGCACGAGACAGACGACGAGUACGAUUCUGAAGAAGAGGAAGUAGCCGGAGAACACGGUAACAUGAUGAACAUUUUCAACCGUGGACCUGCUCUCACGCGACCUGCCACUACCGAAACAACCCCGACUCAAUCUCCACAAUCCAAGGCCAAACAAGCACCAACAUCUAGCAAGUUUUCAUGGCUACUGAACACGCAGAAAAGUACAUCAAACCAGGACUCUCGACCACCGGUUUAUCACAACCCUUCGGACGAGCUCCUCAACCUCAAUAUCUCACAAGCUCUUUUCCCUCAUGGACCUGUUGACUCCUUGGACCCACACGCAUUCCACGAUCUUCUCUCAAAUGCCGAAUCUCUUCUCGCGCGUUUUCAGAACUCGUACCGUGAUCUGUCCGCUUCGCUGAGCGACGCACAAGCCGAGCAGAGUGCACAGGAUGAUGAACUAGACGAGGCCGAGACACGAAACCGCCAUUUGAAGAUGCAGCUUGAGACCAUGGCUGCCCGUGCCUCUGAGCAAGACGCCCAGAUGCGCCGCCUAAUGGACGAACUCGCCUACGAGCGUCACGCCCGACAGGAGGAGGAAGCAGCCCGCAAGCGCAGCCUCGCCCUGAUCAGGGACAGCGGAAACCCAGGCUAUCCCGUCGAGAUCAGUGGAUCGGAUCUCCCCCGCCGCAGAAACCGCACCUCCAACUCAGACGUCUCCAUCGACUCCGGCUUCGAAUCAGAAUGCGACUCAGAAUCCGCGAGCAUCUUCUCCCGAACCAACUGCAAAAGCCCCACGGACACCAUCCCAUCCUCUGUAGCAUCCUUCACCGAGGUAGACGUCACCCCAACCAGCAAACGCCCUCAGCCAAUCGAGCGACGAAGCACCUACGACCGCGUCCGUGACGGCAGCGUCAACCUCACCCAGCAGGGCUGGGGCUGCUCCAACUGCGAGGGCGGCGCACAAAGCGCUGUCUGGGGCCGCCUCGCCAAAGAGCGAGAGGAGAGCCGUCUGUUGAGGAAGAGGGUCGAGUACUUGGAAGAAGCCGUCGACAGCGCCUUGAACGUCGUCGACGGACCAUGGGGUCUAUGA